AUGUGGGGAGCUAAUCACUCAACAGUGACUGAGUUCAUCCUCAUCGGCUUCUCCACCUUCCCCCACCUUCAGCUGAUGUUCUUCCUGCUGUUCCUGCUGAUGUACCUGUUCACCCUGCUGGGAAACCUGCUCAUCAUGACCACCAUCUGGAGCGAGCGCAGCCUCCACACACCCAUGUACCUCUUCCUGUGCGCCCUCUCCAUCUCUGAGAUCCUCUACACCUUCGUCAUCAUCCCACGCAUGCUGGCUGACCUGCUCUCCACCCACCACUCCAUCACCUUUGUUGCAUGUGGCAACCAAAUGUUCUUCUCAUUCACAUUUGGCUUCACCCACUCCUUCCUGCUCACUGUCAUGGGCUAUGACCGCUAUGUGGCCAUCUGUCACCCCCUGCGCUACAAUGUGCUCAUGAGCCCCCAUGGCUGUGCCUGCCUGGUGGCCUGGUCCUGGAUUGGUGGAUCAGUCAUGGGGAUGGUGGUGACAACAGCAGUUUUCCAGCUCACCUUCUGUGGUCCCAAUGAGAUCCGCCAUUUCUUCUGCCAUGUGCCACCCCUGUUAAAGUUGGCCUGUGGAGAGAAUGUACCAGUGGUGGCCAAGUGUGUGGGCUUGGUGUGUAUCACAGUCCUACUGGGCUGCUGUCUCCUCAUCCUCCUCUCCUACGCCUUCAUUGUGUCUACCAUCUUGAGGAUCCCAUCAGCUGAGGGCCAGCACAAAGCCUUCUCCACAUGUGCGUCCCACCUCACGGUGGUGGUUGUGCACUAUGGCUUUGCCUCUGUCAUCUACCUCAAGCCCAAGGGCCCUCAGUCUCUGGAAGGAGACACCUUGAUGGGCAUCACCUACACGGUCCUCACACCCUUCCUCAGCCCCAUCAUCUUCAGCCUCAGGAACAAGGAGCUGAAGGUAGCUAUGAAGAAGACCUUCCUCAGCAAACUUUACCCAGAAAAAAUAUAA